GCCUCAAACUCCUGCCAUGGCUGCAGCGGUGUGGAUCGAUCGAGGACGGAGGGCUGUGACUGCUGUGGGGACAGUGACGAGAUCCAGUCACACGGCUGUAAAAUCCACGUAUGACGCACUGGUCAUCGGAGGAGGACACAAUGGACUGGUGGCAGCUGCAUAUCUUCAGAAGGGAGGACUGAAGACAGCUGUACUGGAGCGCAGACAUGUGCUGGGAGGAGCAGCUGUUUCAGAGGAGAUCUUUCCAGGUUUCCACUUCUCCAGGUGCUCCUAUUUGCUCAGUUUACUAAGACCUCACAUUUACGCAGACUUGGAGCUUAAGAAACAUGGGCUGAAGGUGUAUAUGAGGGACCCCCAUGCCUUCACCCCCAUGCUGGAGAACGGGGUGGGGGGUGCCCCACCAAGGUCUCUGACCUUGGGCUCAGAUCUGGCCAUGAAUCAGAAGGAAAUCAGCAAGUUCUCACAAAAGGACGCUAAGGUUUUUCCAGAUUAUGUUGCACACCUUGAUAAACUAGCAGGAGCUAUCCACCCUCUCCUGGAUGCUCCUCCUGUAGACAUCCCAGGUGUAACCGCUGGAUCACUGAGGAAGAGGCUGGCUGCAGCUAAAACACUGAUGCCUGUUGUCAAAUGUGGUUUGAAACUGGGCAGAAACAUUCCAGAUUUUUACGAGAUUAUAACUGCACCAAUAAUGAAGAUCCUCAAUCGGUGGUUUGAGUCGGAGCCUUUGAGAGCAACACUGGCUACUGAUGCUGUGAUAGGAGCUAUGACCAGUCCAAGUAAUCCUGGUAGUGGGUAUGUGCUCUUGCACCAUGUGAUGGGAGAGUUAGAGAAGGAGAAAGGAGCGUGGGGUUAUGUGGAAGGCGGCAUGGGAGGCGUGUCUCAGGCCAUUGCUAGCUCUGCUCGAUCAUAUGGUGUAGAAAUUUUCACUGAGAAGGAUGUAGGACAGGUUCUGGUCGGUUCAGAUGGUGCUGCCAAAGGAGUGGUGUUAAAGGAUGGCACAGAGAUCCAAAGUAAAAUUGUUUUAUCUAAUGCUACCCCAUAUGUAACCUUCAAGAACCUCACGCCACAGGCAGCCCUUCCACCAGAGUUCAUCAAGGCCAUAGAUCAGAUAGACUACACCUCCCCUGUUACCAAGAUUAAUGUGGCAGUGGACAAGCUACCAAACUUCCUAGCAUCUCCCACACCAGAUAAUAAACCUGGACCUCACCAUCAGUGCUCCAUCCAUCUCAACUGUGAAAGUGUGGAGCUACUGGAGACUGCAUACAAAGAGGCCAUGAAUGGACGACCUUCAGCAAGACCCAUGCUGGAGAUGACCAUCCCCUCUGUGUUGGAUCCAACUCUGGCCCCCCCUGGCUGCCACGUGGUGUCACUGUUCACUCAGUUCACCCCCUUCCACAUAGAGGGCAGAGAGUGGACUGAUCAAGACAGGGAGACCUAUGCAGACACUGCAUUUGACUGGGUGGAGCAAUACGCCCCUGGAUUUAAAAAGUCGGUGGUGGGGAGGGACAUCCUAGCUCCACCUGACCUGGAGAGGAUCUUUGGGCUCACUGGAGGGAAUAUCUUCCAUGGAUCAAUGUCGCUGGAUCAGCUCUACCUAGCACGACCUUUGCCCUCUCUCUCAGACUACCGUUCACCAAUUAAAGGGCUGUAUCUGUGUGGCAGCGGCUCUCAUCCAGGUGGUGGUGUGAUGGGUUCUCCUGGCUGGAAUGCAGCGCUCACUGCCAUGGCCGACCUGAAACGUCGCUGAAACAUGGGACAUCUUCAGUUUGUGGUCCGCUCAUCAGUACUCAACCUCUCUACUGUCUCAUUUAUGUGAAUUUGACUCACUCCAGAAAUGAAUUGCAACAACUCACUCCAACUAUGUAUCUGAUCAGUGAUAUCUACCACAUUGUGUGUGUAAGGGUAUUAUAACUGACAUGUGAUGAAAGAGCUCAGGAGAGACUCAAUACAUUUUAUUUAUGGAUCAUCCAUGUGAAAAGUCCACCAGUCAAUCACUGCUGAUGUGAAACACAAGUGCAAUACUGUCAUAGUAAAUCCUCCCUCCAUAAGCGGCUCCACUUAUGAAGUCAUCUAACUGAGCCAGCAGAAAAUCACUGAUACCAAAACAUCAAUGUUGAGGACAAAUACAUUUUUAGAUUAACUGGCAAUGAAAUGAACUGUUUUGUAAUUAAGGAAAUGAAGCACAAUGGGACUUUUUACAAUUUUGUAUGAAUAAAUUUACAUGAAUUCAAGCAAA